UAGGAGAGGAAAGAUACAAACAGAAGAGGAGAACAGGGACGACAGACACACCAAAGGACUUCCAGAGUUAGUUGUUGUUGCUUUUUUUGUUAUGAAGUUUGGUGACGGUCGCAACAGUCAUCUACCUCAGCAGCUCCUGUUGGAAAACUGUGAAUCUGACUCCAGCCAACGCUCUACCUCUAACAUCCCUCCAACAUGAGUGAUGAGCGGGAAAGACACAGGCCUGAGGGGAGCUGGAGCCAGAGCCACGGAGCCAGACAGGCCCCCAACGUCAAACCCAAACUCAGCCAGACAGAGAGGAACAGCAAGGAGGACCAGUGGAAGAAGGAGAAGCCUGCGAAAGUGAGGAGAUCAAGGAGUAGCGACUCAGAGAGGGUGGAAAGAGGCAGGAGGAGAGAACGGGAUAGACACCAGGGAGAGAGGAGGCAGCGGGGGAGGAGUGAGGAGGCCCGGAGACGAGACAGGAAAGAGGGAGAGGGCGACAGGAGGAAGGUGAAGCCCCCUGAAGAUGAUGUGGAGGACACUGAGUGCGCUGUGUGUUUCUGCUCAUAUGAUAACGUCUUCAAGACCCCAAAGCUGCUGGGGUGUGGGCACACUUUCUGCCUGGAGUGCCUUGCUCGCAUCAACGUGACCUCUCCUGAGCUCAAGACCCUGUCCUGCCCCGUAUGUCGCGAGCUGACCGAGCUCCCCCACGGCCAGGACCUGCCCCGCCUGGGCAACAAUGAGGACAUCAUAGGCAAACUCCCACCGGAAAUGCAGAGGGCACUGUCCAUCCGCUUCAAGCGCAGUAAAGGCAAACUGCUCCUGAAGCACCCUCCUCCGAACAGCCCGACCAAGUCCAACAUCCUCACCCUGCCUAAAAAGAGCCAGGAAGCCCAGGUGACAGCAGGUGGUGGCGACCUCCACUUGAGUGCCAUGGAGCAGGGAAUGGCCCCAACCACAGUGGUGGAUGUAGGCAGGCCUCCAAACAGGGUCAGAGGUCGCCUGCGCAGGUUGUUCCACUCGGACCAGUGCUACUACGCCGUGGUGGGGUCCAUCAUCACCAUCACUGUGGCUCUCAUGCUGGUGGGGAUUUUGGCCUUUGUGAUCAUACCGAAUGUGGUUGUGCACCACAGGCCACAUCAAGGGAACUCAACCACUGAAGAGCCAGGUCCCUGAUGGGGGCAGGGGUGUAUGAGACUAAGGUGCAGGGAGAGAAUAUCACACUAAACUUACUCUCAGUGAUCCUUUUGCCUCCUCUGUGCUCUUGGUGAAGAUAAAACUAAGCACUGGGACACAUUCACGCUGCUUGAGCUGCAGUGAAGUGAAGAAAUGAAGGAAAACAAGGGCGGCAGCAUAUUUUCAAACAAAGGACACAGGCUCAACGUUGCACAUGAACGAAACAGGGCAAACUUGCAUGUUUUGUUUUUUUUUACCUUUGUGUUCUCUUUGAACAUAUCUGUGAUUACUGUGAAAAGCCAGAAACACUGUAUGUAUAUAAAAAACUGUCCAUUAUGAUUAAUAAGCUGUAAAUGUUGAAAUGCACUCAGUUCUGUGACGAGAAGACAAGUAUGUGUUGAUUGUAUCAGGCUAAUUUCCACAACCAAUUCAGGGUUUCUCGUUCCUCCAAAUUUUGUUUAUAGAAAAGCUUGUUGUACAUAUUCAUGAACGAUGUAUAUAUAAAUAUAUAUAUUUGUAUUUUCUUUCUCACUCUUAAGAAUAAUAUCAACAAAUAAAGCAUUUCUGAGGCU